AAUUGGUGUCAAAAAAAUACAAUGAGUGUCUCGACUACAGAGACAACCAGUUUGCUGGAAGAGUCGAUGGAGUCGACGACUAACACUGGAAAAUGUCGUAUCUGUUGGCGAACAGCCUAUCUGUCAGACCUAAUCUCUCCGUGUGUUUGUUCCGGGUCUCAAAAAUAUACACACUUUGAAUGUCUUGAGCGAUGGAUCAUUGAAAGACAUUCAGAUACUAAAGAGAUCUGCGAUGUCUGUCAACAGCAAUAUAAACACAUAUCUAUCACUCAAUACGGCAAAACUUUUAGCCAAUGGAUUCGUGAGACUGAAGAUAUGUCAUCCAAAAUAUUGUCGACAAUAAUAUUGAUGUCAAUCUUCUUCUACUUGAUUAACAUGGGAUGCAUUCAGUUUGUCAUAUCUGAAGGUCAAAUCACUUCCAUUAUACGAUACAUACAACUGGUUUUAAUAAUUAUGUUUUCACUAUUAUUUGCCAUCUCUUGUAUUAUUGCUAUCUAUGUCUUCCGAUUGGAGUUUAAAGAAUGGCAAUCGACACACAAGAAUACUGUCGUUGAACUAAUAGAUGAAAGUGACUGCUAUUGUGGCCAAUCAUUAGACUCAUCCAUAACAUACAGAAGCCACUCAUCAACAAUCAGUGUCGAUGAUUGUGAUGACACAAAUGAGAGACAAAAAGCAUCUUUAAUUGUCAACGACUCGGUUCAACAUUACGGUUCAGUUUAAUACAAUUAUUGAACAAUAUAUUACAUUAUUAUUAUUACAGUAAUA